CAUCCUUUACGUCUUGUCACCUAAUCUCACUCCUUUCCUUUCCGUUAGUCGCGAGUGCUAGAGCUCCAUCUCCCUUAACAGAAUCCCACUCGCCAGAGACAGGGCGACUGGGACUACGACUCCCAGGAGACAUCGCGGGCCCCGCCCCCGCCGCCUCGCAGUGUAGGUCGGGGGCUGAGGUCCCACGGUCUUCUGGCCGCGUGCUGCCCGGAGCAAGCGCACUACAGGUUCCGUGGCGCCUCGCGCGCUAGCCGAUCCAGGUCGUGUCAGCAGCGGCUGCCGCGAAGGUGCCUGAGGUGGAGCUGAAGGACCUGAGCCCCUCCGAGGCGGAGCCGCAACUGGGACUGAGCGCCGCGGCUGUGAGCGCCAUGACCCCCCCAGCAGGCGGCGGGGACCCCGAGGCUCCAGCUCCCCCCGCGGAGCGGCCCCCGGCCCCUGGCCCGGGCUCGGGGCCCGCCGCCGCUCUCAGCCCUGCCGCCGGGAAAGUGCCUCAGGCGUCGGCCAUGAAGCGGAGCGACCCUCAUCACCAGCACCAGCGGCACCGCGACGGCGGCGAGGCCCUGGUUAGCCCCGACGGCACCGUCACCGAGGCGCCGCGCACGGUCAAGAAGCAGAUCCAAUUUGCUGACCAGAAGCAAGAAUUCAACAAACGUCCCACCAAAAUUGGACGUCGCUCUCUGUCUCGUUCCAUUUCUCAGUCAUCUACUGACAGCUAUAGCUCAGCGGCUUCCUAUACAGACAGCUCUGAUGAUGAGACCUCUCCCAGGGAUAAGCAGCAAAAGAAUUCUAAGGGGAGCAGUGACUUCUGUGUCAAGAACAUCAAACAGGCGGAGUUUGGACGAAGAGAAAUUGAAAUUGCUGAACAAGAAAUGCCUGCACUGAUGGCUUUGAGGAAGAGAGCUCAAGGAGAAAAACCUUUGGCUGGAGCCAAAAUUGUGGGUUGCACACACAUCACUGCUCAGACUGCUGUGCUUAUGGAAACUCUGGGUGCUCUGGGGGCACAGUGCCGAUGGGCAGCCUGCAACAUCUAUUCCACUCUCAAUGAAGUGGCUGCUGCCCUAGCAGAAAGUGGAUUCCCUGUUUUUGCCUGGAAAGGAGAGUCAGAAGAUGACUUUUGGUGGUGCAUUGAUAGAUGUGUGAAUGUGGAGGGCUGGCAGCCAAACAUGAUAUUGGAUGAUGGAGGGGAUCUUACUCACUGGAUUUAUAAGAAGUAUCCUAAUAUGUUCAAGAAAAUCAAGGGCAUAGUAGAGGAGAGUGUUACUGGAGUCCAUAGGCUGUACCAGCUAUCCAAGGCUGGGAAGCUGUGUGUUCCAGCCAUGAACGUCAAUGACUCGGUCACCAAACAGAAAUUUGACAACCUCUACUGUUGCCGUGAAUCAAUUCUAGAUGGACUUAAAAGGACAACAGACAUGAUGUUUGGUGGAAAGCAGGUGGUGGUCUGUGGCUAUGGAGAGGUGGGGAAGGGGUGCUGUGCUGCUCUAAAAGCCAUGGGCUCUAUUGUGUAUGUAACUGAGAUCGACCCCAUCUGUGCUCUUCAAGCCUGUAUGGAUGGAUUUCGACUGGUGAAAUUAAAUGAGGUCAUCCGGCAAGUGGAUAUUGUUAUUACCUGUACAGGUAACAAGAAUGUGGUAACCAGAGAGCACUUGGACCGUAUGAAGAAUAGCUGCAUCGUCUGUAACAUGGGACAUUCCAACACCGAGAUUGACGUGGCAAGUCUGCGGACACCAGAACUGACCUGGGAGCGAGUGAGAUCGCAAGUUGACCAUGUAAUAUGGCCUGAUGGCAAGAGGAUAGUAUUGCUGGCAGAGGGCCGUCUGCUGAACCUAAGCUGCUCCACAGUGCCUACAUUUGUGCUCUCAAUCACCGCUACUACUCAGGCUCUUGCCUUGAUAGAGCUUUACAAUGCUCCUGAGGGUCGUUAUAAGCAGGAUGUCUACCUGUUGCCCAAGAAAAUGGAUGAGUAUGUAGCGAGCCUACACCUGCCCACUUUUGAUGCCCACCUGACAGAGCUGACGGAUGAACAGGCCAAGUAUCUGGGACUCAACAAGAAUGGGCCCUUCAAGCCUAAUUACUACAGGUAUUAAGUUCCUGUAAUUCAAGCCAGAAGAAGUUUAAGGAAAAGAACUCCAAGUCUUUUCUCCACUCCUAUACAGGAAAGAACCCAGCAAGCUGCUUCUCCAAUCAGCUGCCUGCCGUGCUCACCCUCUAUGUUAGGUUACUUAUUUAUUAAAAUCUAGAAUCCUGUGCCUGUUGCCUUGGCCCAGAGUGUGGUUACUGCCCCGAGGGCUGUGAGAGCCACAAAGGACAGGCUGAGGAAGGAAGGAUAUGGGGUAAUCCUUCCCAGUGCAUCUUCUGCAUCAUUCCCCAUUGCCUUGGAAUCCUCAGCAGUGGUCAUUUGUCUCUUGUCCAGGUUCAGGAGUUAGUCCAGGAAUUCCAGACUCCUUGUUCCCUGGGGUUUUCUGGAAUAAAUUUUCAGCAGUGGCCUUUCUCAGCUUUGGCCCUUCCCCAGGUGAGGCCUUUUGGAAGCCACUGAAUUAACAUGGCCUGGGUUCCCAGCCUUGACCAUCACUAUCACUGCCUUCUCUAUAAAACGACUAGGAAGGAAGGAGGGUUAUGGCUUCAGCAAGCUACACCAAGAACUUAGCUAUGCCUGUGCUUACUGGGAGUCUCCUUCCUUACCCAGGAUCCCUUUCUUCCUUGAAUAUUCACGUCUGUUUUAACACUUUCUGGUUCCAAGAGGAAUGUGCCUCCAUUAUUUCCUCAGCAGCUGUAGUGUUUGUCAGACAUUUUUUUUUUUUUUUUGCCAUCUUUGUAACCCAACAAGCCUGCCCAGGAGGUGAGAGUCAGCCCCACUGGGGUCCAUAGUGUUACUUGUCAUUUAACUGAACAGUUUCCCGGGAAUUUCCCUCUAGACUGGCACUGUCUCAGAAAAGGAGAGCUUGUUGUGAAACUAUGCUUCCUGAAAUUUCCUCUUAUUGCCUAAAACUACUUUUGAAAAUGAGCAGGGAAAAAUGUACUUUCCAAUGGAUUUGGGGGUAUAGGGCUUUGGAAGUGGUACAGGCCAUUCAGGCCCACAGCCUGACAUUCUAAAGAAGCAGAAUGUAUUUGUUUGUCUCCUGGGAAGGGCUUUGCAGCUUAACUGGCUAAGCUAUACAGAGAUGACACUGUAAACUGUGUCCAGAUGAUUAAAGCUAGUUUGACUAGUUUGAACCUCCGCAGACAUUCAUUUCUUUGGCCAUUGCCAUUGAUGAAACUGACAUCUGGUGUCUCUAUGACUUAGUGUAUGGUUUUUCUUCUCUACUGGAAUAUAUUUUUAUGUUCUUACCUCUUCCAUCUUAGGAUUCUAUAUUUCAGAGGUGGUUUCUUGAGUAACUCCAACAUUACAAAAAACUAGUAACGUGAGCAGCCUGAAAUUGUAUGUCCCACGUAGGAGUUGGAUACCUUUUGGAGACUGACCUGUUGGUCUUAAGGGUUUCACUGGGACCAGACUGGUUCUAAGAGUUAAAGUCUGACCCUAGAAAUCCUGAAUGAAGUGAGUCUCUUUCCCACCUGACAAUCUUCUUUAACACUCUCAGGUCUGUUUGUUUGUUUGUUUCUUUUCCCAUUUUUUUCCUACCCUGGUCUGCCUCAUAGUCUCACGACCAAGGUGACUCAAGGAAACACCACCAGACCACCCAGGAUCACUAUAACCUUACCACCCUGAUUCUCCUCUCCUACCUCCACCUUCUUCAACUUCUCCUGGUCUUCACAUACACUUUCAGAUCUAGUCUGGAAGUGACCUUCCUUUUGGUGGUAGGGAGGUGGGCUUGGGGUAAAUGGCUAUUUGCCUCAUUAAAUAGUAUAUAGCCUCAGCCCAUAACGUCUGGUUCCUCAGAGGCUGUGUGUCUUAGCACAUACUGGAAAAGUGCCACAUACAUGGCUAUAUUCUUUCAUGAGAAAGAUCAUAAAUGCUGAAAAUUCCACUAGGCCACUCAGUUCUUCCUUUUGCCUACUCAGUUCUGAGUUUUGUAUUAAUUAAUUGGAUCUCUUUUGUACAAAGAUACAGAUCUUUGUAACUCAUAUCAAGGGCAGAUUCCAUUAGGCAGAUAUCUGAACUCUAGCCUGUUAUGUUCUUAAGCCAAAAAUCAUAACCUGCUGUUUCUCAGUAAAGCCUGGCUCUCUGUGGAGCAGUAUUACUAUGUACUGAUCCUGACAGAGCAUACCCUGCCUUGCUAUAGUAAAGAGAUCCAUUCCAAAUAAAAAAGGAGCCAGCUUAGGCCUCUAGGUUAGGUUGCCAAUGUUGUUGCCCAUGGUGAGGUAUUUGUCUCUUGAGUUUCAGAUGACCUCUUUUCCUUUGUCUCUGGGGACCCCAUGUCAGCAACCAUUAAGAAGUAGGAGGCCUAGGCCUCCUGAGUAUCUGGGUUCUACCUUAAUGUUGGAAUUUGGUCUUUCCCUCUACCCUUGGAAUCAGAACAAAUGUAUCUUCUUCCCUCAAGCUCUCACCUGAGAUGCAUCUUAGGUAUCUGGAAGCAUGGGAGAGAAGACUAAUUAUCUGUUUGUAUAUGGCCCUGGCAGGUAGGGAUACUUACCAUUUUCUCUACGAUGAAUUCAUGCUAGUUUUCAAGGUCUUUUUUGCCUUCUUAAUGGAAAAUCAGGGUUGGUUUUUUUUCUCAUUAAAGAAAAAAGGUAUCUGGUCUACCUUCUGUCUGCCCUCCUACCUCCUCAUCCUACCCUCCCGUAUGAGCACGGUUCCCCUUGGCCACAUACUCCUGCAAAGCUUUUUUGCUGCUUGGCUUUUCUCUGAACAGAUCUGAAAUUGCUGCUCCUGUGGUUUUUUUCAAAAUUAACUUUGUCAUGGUUUUAAAAAAAAAGAAAUCAAAAUGCAUUGUUGCAUUACGCUUUUUUAAUAAAGGAAAAUUAUAGAAAGAAAAUAGGCAACACCAGCAAAUUAUAUGUAGAUGAUAAACUAAACUAUAUAUAUAAUAUAUAUAUUAUAUAUAUAAGCAUCUAGUUCUCACUGUCAUCUUACUGAAAGGAAAUAAAACCUCUAAGGAUCGCCAUUUCUGAGAGGCUCUUGGAAAUCUUUAUGUCUAAGUGAUUGUAUUAGAUCAGCAAUAAUGACUAUGUAAUCUCAAAAGGUAAAUAAAAUAUUCUUA